AUGAAUUUUAAAGGCAAAGAUGAGAGAUUUUCUUGUUUGGAAACCUGCAUGACUUUGUCAUCUGAGAGCUCAAGCUUUAGUGAUGAAACAGAGAUUUUGAAGAUGUCACAAAAACACUCAGGGCAAACUCAUACUGGAGCAGGAAAUGAGGUGGACUCUCCUACUGUCAAUUCCAGCUACUCCUGCUUCAGAGAUUUUUGUUCCACAUCUUCAGUUCAAGACAGUGGCUAUAAUGACUUAAAUUCUUGCAGCUUUGAUAACACAGAUGAUGAAUUUUUUAGAAAGAAAGAAAAAAGCCCAACAUUAAUCCAUGAGCACCCUGAAACUUCAAGCCCGGGCUUAACACAUCCUAUAAAAUCUCCCACUCAAAAAAAAUUUGUCUUCCCUUGGAAAGAAAAGGAUAAAACAGCAGAACUUUGUGAAACUCCUAAAGUCAGCGGGAAAAAAUGUUUACUGCGCAGGAGGUUGAACUUAUCUUUCUCUCUCCUAAAAGGGAGCUUUGAAUCACAAAAUAGUUCUCUAGAAAGUAGUACCAACCAAGUUUUCAACUUAGGAAAAAAUAUUCCAAGCGGUGCUUCGGGUUUUCCAAGGCAAAACAAUUUUAGUCCUUUGGUUACUAGUACUUUAAAAACAGAAGAAGUGACUUCGAGCUGUCAAAAAUUAAGACUUAAUUUUUCUCAACAAAAGACUUCCACAGUUGAUGACUCCAAAGAUAAUUGUAGCCUAUUUGAAGUUGAGUGUAUAUCUCCAAUUCAGGGCAAUAGUUUUAAAGACUCUAUCACACAUGAAUUUAGUGAUAGCAGUUUAUGCAUUAAUGAUGAGAAUACAUAUCCACAACUUCUGGGCUCCUCUGUUAGUGGAGCAACUUGUGGAACAGACAAGGACAUAUUUGUGACUCCAGUAAGUAAUCUUGUAGCAAAUCUUAAAUUUAAUGCAAGCCAAGCACGUUCUGCUUCAACUGAAGUGAGAGGCCAUAUUUCAACACCUGAAGACAGUGGUUUCAACUCACUUAGCUUGGAUAAAUCAGAAGAUUCCCUCUCUGACCAGGACGGUUCUUUCCAAGAACUCCUUCAGAAACAUAAGGGAAUUCUCAAAGUGGAGGACACUUUAAGAAAGACAAGACGUCUUGGAAGGUCGAGAAGACUGUCCACCCUUCGGGAGCAGGGUUCGCAGUCAGAGACAGAAGAGGAAAAGCCGAUUGUCCACUCUGACUCUGAAACAAGACCAGCUGCUGAUUCCAACAUCUCAGAGAGUCAGCCGAACAGGGAUGAGAGUAGGGAUUCGACUUUAAACUUGAAGAAUUUAUCAAACACCCCAGCCUUGCAAUUAGUGCAUGAACUCUUUAUGAAAAGCAAAAGGAAAAGAGUCCAGCAGAAUGGUGCACAUGAAUUCUUAGAAGAGAGGGAUAGGGGGAAAAUAGCUGUACUGCAGUGUGUACUUGCAGGACUGAUUGGCAAGAAAAUGGGUAUAGAAAAACUGGACAUCUUGACAGAAUUAAAAUAUAGAAACUUAAGACAUGUUCUUGCUAUGGUUUUAGAUUCCUUGACUGCAGAGAACCUAUGCAGUGUUUGGAAUGUAAGCAGAAGUUGGCGUGAAAUUGUUGUUCAAGAUAAAAAAGCAAAUCGGAGGAGGAAAUUUUAUGUCACACAACUGAAAAUAAAUUCUGAGGGGGCUGUAUAUAAUGUCGAGGAUGCUGCCACUCGGCUCCAACUUUUAAAUCGCUCAGCUUUAAGAUCUGUUCAAGCACAGGCUAGGACACCCAGUUCUCAGAAAGAACAAGUGUCAACAUCAUCUCCUUGGGGAGAAGUUUUGACACCUCUAGCAAGCUCUUCUCUUACUCACUUAAGUAGUAAACAGGAAGACUAUAUUAAGGUUGCCAAAACACUUUUCAGUGAUGAAGCAUUAAAACCUUGCCCAAGGUGCCAAUCCCCUGCUAAGUACCAGCCAUAUAAGCAAAGGGGACUGUGUAGCCGCACAACCUGUGGCUUUGAUUUUUGUGUGUUAUGUUUGUGUGCUUAUCAUGGGUCUGAAGAAUGUAGUAAAGGAGCAGCAAAACCACGAAAUAGAAAAGAUGCUCUCCCAGGAAGUGCCCAGAGUAAGCGGAAUUUAAAACGCCUCUAAAGAGACUAAAUACAAAAGAAGCAUUCCCCCAUGCAGUGUUCCAUUUGUCUGAAUUGAAAUUAUGAAUAUUUUGAACUCAUGCAUAUCUUCCCAUUAAUGACAGGUGCUGAUUUAUUUCCUACUUUGUAUUUAUUAUAAUCCAUGUCUUGUAUGUUUUCUUUAAAGUGAUGAGUUUUGAAAAAAUUUCAUUUUAUUAUAUCAUUUUUGCCUAUUUUAAUAACUUGGUAUUUUAAAUAAAGAAUUUUAAGUGUUAUCCUAUGUAUGUAUUUUAUUGUUUUAUGUGGCAUAUUAAAUUUGUGCAUUUCAUCACUGUGUUGAAAUAUUCUUCAAUCAUUAAAAAAAAGUUUUCCAAAUAAUAUUGAAAAUUUCAAACU